CUGCAAUAAGGCAAAAGCUUAGAACAAUAGUUGAUUCAUAUUUACUGUCUGUCACAUAUAAAGCAUUUCGAAGAAGAAAUUAUCUAACAAGAAGAUAAUUCUUAAAAGAACUCGAGAAGUAGACUUCUGUUAAAUAAAUAAACAUACUCAGUGCACAACUAUCUCAAAAUGUCGGAAGCUGCUAAUGAUCCAAUAAUUAAAAUUGAACCACAAGAAUAUCCAAUCGAAGACAUUAAAAAUGAAAUUGAGGAAGACCCUGAAUCGUGUUCAGAGGAUGACAAAACAUGUCUAAGCAGAUUUAUGAACUCCAUAGUGAAAAUAGAAGAAAAUGUCGAACAGGAAUUAAUUCAGACUGCUCCUUAUAAAUGUGACAAGUGUCAUAGAACAUUUAGAAAGUUGCAUUAUUUAGAACAGCAUAUGGUAAAUUAUUGUCAUAAGGAUACAUAUUGUUCAGAGUCUUUUUCAGAUGCAAGUGCAUUAGAAAUACAUAUAAAAUCUCAUACAGGUGAAAAAUAUUUCACAUGUACAAAGUGCAGUAAAGCAUUUACUGAAAAAUAUCAUUUAGAUCAACACAUUUGUGCUCGAGCCAGAGGAAAAAUUUUACAUUUGAAUGAACAUGGUAAUCGAAAACGAAAUAUUCACGAUAAUACUGCAAAGGGACCAGGUGAACGUCCCCAUAUUUGCCAAGUUUGUGAUAAGACAUUCACACAAUUGAAUAACUUGAAUCGACAUAUGCUGAUUCACACUGGUGAACGUCCCCAUAUUUGUGAAAUUUGUGACAAGACAUUCACACAAUACCCUGAAUCGUGUUCAGAGGAUGACAAAACAUGUCUAAGCAGAUUUAUGAACUCCAUAGUGAAAAUAGAAGAAAAUGUCGAACAGGAAUUAAUUCAGACUGCUCCUUAUAAAUGUGACAAGUGUCAUAGAACAUUUAGAAAGUUGCAUUAUUUAGAACAGCAUAUGGUAAAUUAUUGUCAUAAGGAUACAUAUUGUUCAGAGUCUUUUUCAGAUGCAAGUGCAUUAGAAAUACAUAUAAAAUCUCAUACAGGUGAAAAAUAUUUCACAUGUACAAAGUGCAGUAAAGCAUUUACUGAAAAAUAUCAUUUAGAUCAACAUAUUUGUGCUCGAGCCAGAGGAAAAAUUUUACAUUUGAAUGAACAUGGUAAUCGAAAACGAAAUAUUCACGAUAAUACUGCAAAGGGACCAGGUGAACGUCCCCAUAUUUGCCAAGUUUGUGAUAAGACAUUCACACAAUUGAAUAACUUGAAUCGACAUAUGCUGAUUCACACUGGUGAACGUCCCCAUAUUUGUGAAAUUUGUGACAAGACAUUCACACAAUUGUGUAAUUUGAAUCGACAUAUGCUAAUUCACACCGGUGAACGUUCUCAUAUUUGCCAAAUAUGUGAUAAGGCAUUCACAGAAAUGGGUACCUUGAAAAAACAUAUGCUAGUUCACACUGGUGAAUGUCCCCAUAUUUGCAAAAUAUGUAAAAAGGCAUUCAAACAUUUGAAUUCCUUGAAUGAACAUAUACUUAUUCACACUAAAGAACGUCCCCAUAUUUGCCAAAUCUGUGAUAAGUCAUUCACACGAUUGCGUACCUUGAAUAGACAUAUGCUAAUUCAUACUGGUGAACGGCCACAUAUUUGCGAAAUUUGUGACAAGACAUUCACACAAUCGAGUAGCUUGAGUAGACAUAUGCUCAUUCAUACUGGUGAACGUCCCCAUAUUUGCCAAAUAUGUGAUAUGGCAUUCGCACGAUUGAGUGCCUUGAAAUUGCAUAUGAUAAUUCACACUGGGGUACGUCCUCAUAAAUGUAAAGUCUGUGGUAAGACAUUUACACGAUCAAGUAACUUGAAUAGACAUAUGCUCAUUCACACUGGAGAAUGCCCCUACAAAUGCAGAAACUGUGAUAAGGUAUUCAAACAAUCAAACACCUUGAAAAUGCACAUGGUUGCUCAUACCAAUGAGUAA